AGGUUCUCACUGUUAUUUGCGUUUGUUAUUGUCGUUGGAAUAUAUAGUUAUAAUUUUUCUGAGGCUAGAGAGCCUGUAUGUUCUAAAUUUGCGUACGAAGAACAGCUUUUAGAGAAAAUGAUUAGGACUGAAAUUAAGGUAGAAACAAUGGUAUAUGAAAUUAAGAAAACUGAGGAUAAUAUCAUCAGUACAUUAGGUGACAUUAAGCAAACAGUUGCUGAUUUCACGGACAUGUUUUCUGAUAUGAGAGGGAACAUAACGGACGAGAUGUUAAAAAGAGACAAAGAGAUCAAAAGGAGAGAAGAAUCGUUCAAAACAUUAUUUAAAGAAACAAGAAUAAACCUGACUAGUGACAUCGAGGCUGAAAAAGAGAAACUUAUUCAACUCCAAGGAAAGCUCGAACAAGCUCCGAUUGCUUUUUUUGCACAUCAAGUGAAAGACGUGAAGCUCGAUAUAACGGAUGAGAUUAUCAUAUUCGAGAAGACAUUCACUAACGAGGGAACAGGUUACGAUACGUCUACGGGCUUGUUCACAGCACCUGUUGGAGGACUGUACCAGUUUGUUGUUCAUACAUGUGUCUAUCCUAAGAACUAUAUAUAUAUUGGCCUUGUGAUGGAAGGUAACGUUAUUGCAAACACUGUAAACUAUGGUGAUUCGUCUCAUUGCUGUAAUACUUUUGGUGUAAUAAUGAGAGUUAGAUCAGGAGAAAAGGUUUGGGUUAAAGCAACUGUGUCAGGUUCUAAUUAUCAGCUUUAUCAAGACUCAUAUAGGAUGAACACAUUUAGUGGUGUACUUGUCAGUAACUGAAUUAUAAAUAAAUCAAUUAACAUUGAUGGGAGUAAAAUCAGAUUGUUAUAAGCUGACGUUAAACGUAAACGUUUCGAUGUAAACUGCUUCAAUGCAUUUCUUGAGACUGUAGUGUUUUGUGAAAUAGGUCGAAAAUUGUCGAUUUAUCUAUGAUGUGUCUAUAUGUUGUGACGAAUAUUUUUAUACCAUGGUUUAGUUUGCAUAUUGUUAAUAUUAGUUAAUGUUAGUAUCUUAUUUGCAUACAAAAUAGAGAAAAUAAGAAUCCUUAAAGAAAUCCCAACACGGCAUAAUUGAAAAUGUUGCAGGCUUGGUUUGAUCGAGCCUACUGUCAAGUGCAAACUACCGUCCAUACCCCCUAGCACCGUCUUAAACAGAAUUCAACAUUUAACAUGAACUUGUAAAAUUUUGAAUUUUGAAAUAUCCGCAUAUUUGUUCAUACGGCGGCUAAAUGUGACACAGUAGUGCCAUUCCAUGAAAAGCGGCGUAUG